AUGGCGGGUCGCGACGGACCCGCCGGAGCUCCAGCCGGAUCUGGGGCGACCCGGCUGGAGGUGUGCAUUCAUAAUAUUCAUUCUAUGAUGGAGCAUUCAAGAAACCAGCACAAUGGGGAAGAGGAAGAACUAGUUUUGUUGAAUGAUUCAAGUUUGCUUUCCCACCAACUUGGGAGAGACCUUUCAAUGAAUUGUCUAAUUCGAUGCUCAAGAUUUGAUUAUGCAACACUGGCCUUGUUGAAUAAGGAUUUUCAUUCUCUUAUUAAGAGUGGACUAUUAUAUCGUCUAAGGAGAAAGGCAAAUAUUGUAGAGUAUUGGGUUUACUACUCAUGUAGCCACCUUGAAUGGGAGGCCUUUGACCCAAAUGGUGGCCGCUGGAUGAAGUUGCCCAAGAUGCCUUUAAAUGAAUUUUUUCAGAGUUCAGAUAAGGAGUCAUUGGCUGUUGGCACAGAGCUUCUUGUUUUUGGAAGGGAUGUAAUGUCUCCUAUCAUUUACAAGUACAACAUUUUAACAAACAUUUGGUCCUUGGGCAUGUCAAUGAAUACACCUAGAUGCCUAUUUGCCUCUGCCAGCCACCAUGAACUUGCUUUUAUAGCCGGGGGUUGUGAUCCAAUGGGGAAUAUCUUAAGCUCAGCCGAGCUUUAUAACUCAGAGACAGAAAAAUUUGAAAUUCUUCCAAGUAUGAAUAAAGCCAGGAAGUUGUGUUCUGGUUUUUUCAUGGACGGGAAGUUUUAUGUAAUUGGUGGGAUUGGUGAUGGGGACAUGAUGCAACUUACUUGUGGAGAGGAGUUUAACCCAAUCACUAAAACAUGGAAGCCAAUACCUGAUAUGUUGCCAAGGCGAAUUGAUGGAGUUGUGAAUGUAACAGCCCCUCCUAACAAGGCACCUCCUUUAGUUGCUGUUGCAAACAACAUAUUAUAUGCUGCGGAUUAUGGAGAACAAGUGGUAAGAAGAUAUGAGAAAGAACAAAACUCAUGGGUCAUAGUAGGGGGACUACCUGAGCGAAUGGCUACAGUAAAUGGUUGGGGAUUAGCCUUUAGGGCUUGUGGUGAUAAUCUGAUUUUCAUUGGUGGUGUAGGUGGAAGAAUGGUUAAGAUAUAUUCUUGCAUCCCACAGCAAGGCGAAGCACUACAGUGGAACCUACUUGCCAGUAAUGAAUCAAGGAACUUUGUGUUUAAUUGCACAGUGAUGGGGUGUUAA